AUGCGACUCUGGCCUGUAAGCCAUUACCGUAAGUCUACUUUCGGAUAUUGCACCCGAGUAACAUCUGGUCACAGGUCCUUCAGCGUUUUGCUUGAUGUUCUCGAAGAAAGUUUAAACACAAAAAAAAGACUUGAAUACAUGAACGUUGACAUACAUGCGAAGUCCAUAUGGCUUUCGUUUACGAACCAUAGUGUACUCCUUAUUUCUCGUACAUUCCUAAAUCCGCCCAAUGAGGCUUAUAAUUCACCCGCACCUUUCAACUCGAAAAACUACAAUAGUCCGUUCCUCGAACUUUUUGCUAUGCCCAUUACCCUUGAGCCUACUAUUAAUUAA